UUGAGACGCAUACUUGUUUUGCUAAAUCCAUUGUAAAGCAGUGGGCGUCUUCUGUCUCCAGUACAGCAGGAGGCGCUGCAGCUCUUUAGUCCGCAGAUAAACUCACUAAAGAAAGAAAGAAAGAAAGAAAGAAAGAGCGCGCGUGUGAUGUUUUUGUUUAUCCUCAGUGUUUUUUUCUCUUGCGUGUUUCAUUGAGUCUAAACAGAGUCCUGUCUCUGUGUAUUUAAGUGUUGAGACGUUGAUGAUGAGAUGUGCUGUGCUGUAAAUCAGUAGGAACUGAUCUGUUCAUGCUUGAUAUAUUGAUGAUUUUAUCACAGAAAUCUCUCAGCUGCAGAAAGAGGAGAUUUAGCAAUGAAACGAGAGGAUGUGGAUUGUUGUGAAUCUUCAGUGUAUGUGACUGAUGAUGGGAGUCUGGAUUCAGUGUGGAUGAGCAGAGAUCAGAGCCGCACACCACAACCACUGCUGGACUCCAGACACACACAGGACUCCGAGCUCAGUCUGACUUUACUCUGUUAUACUGAGUCAAAGCUCACAGACACUCAGGACACCACAGUGUGUGACAGUAAACAGAGCUUACAGGAGGAUCAAACCUCCACAGAGUCUCUGGAUUCUGUCUGUAAUGCUGGAGAACAGCAGCAGAUCAUGCAGACCAAACUGAAGAUGUGUUCAGUUAAACUCAUCGACUGCAUGAAUCUCAUGAUGAAAAUCAAAACUGAACCCACAGAAAUCAAAACUGAACCCACAGAAAUCAAAACUGAACCCACAGAAAUCAAAACUGAACCCACAGAAGAGGAAGAUCGCACUGAGGAAGAUGAUGAUUUUAUUCCAUCAGAUGUGAAGAGUGAUUCAUGUUUGGAUAUAGAAAUAACGUCCUCAACAUCAAAAGAACGACUGACAGCACAAACUCUUUCCUGCAUCACCUGUGGAAAGACAUUCAGCUCACAGAGACUUUUAGAGAGACAUGAGAGAAAACACACAGAACAGAAACUCUUCACCAGAUCUGAGAUCAGCUUUACUACCUUACAAGAGAAGAAACUUCAUUCAGAAGACCACAGAGAGAAGAAAAAGAAGCAGUUUCACUGUGAGCAGUGUGGGAAGAUUUGUGUCUCUUCCUCUAAACUAAAUGUUCACAUGAGGACACACAGUGGUGAAAAGCCUUUCAACUGCACUGAAUGUGGAAAAUACUUCACAACAAAACAAUAUCUUAAAGUUCAUCAGAGAGUUCACACAGGAGAAAAACCUUACAAGUGUCCUCACUGUGAGAAGAGAUUUAGCUAUAUACGUGGUCUGAAGAGACAUGUGCUUUCACACACCAAUGAGAGACCGUAUCAGUGCAGUGAAUGUGACAAAACCUUUAGGGAUUCACGUUCAUUAAAAUCACACCAGAAUACUCACAUUAAAGAGAAACUCUAUCAGUGUUCACACUGUGAUAAAUGUUAUGGUCAUAAAUGUAAUCUGAUAAUCCAUGAGAGAGUUCACACUGGAGAGAAACCUUACGUCUGCUCUCACUGUGGAAAGAGCUUCACUAAUUCAUCUAAAUUCAGAGUCCAUCAGAGAGUUCAUACUGGAGAGAAACCUUACGUCUGCGCUCACUGUGGAAAGAGCUUCACUAAUACAUCUAAUUUAAGAGUUCAUGAGAGAGUUCAUACUGGAGAGAAACCUUAUCACUGUAAUGUCUGUGGGAAGAGUUUUAGUGUAAAGGCUACAUUACUAAAGCACAAGAGAAUUCAUACAGGUGAAAAACCUUUCAAAUGCUCUCAGUGUGACAAGACGUUUACUUGUUCAAGUAACUUAAAAAAACAUGAAAGAGUUCAUACUGGAGAGAAACCUUAUCACUGUAGUGUCUGUGGCAAGAGUUUUAGUCAAGGGUCUACAUUACUAAAUCACAAGAGAAUUCAUACAGGUGUCCAUCAGUAUGAUGUUUGUCCUUUCAAAUGCUCUCAGUGUGACAUUACUUUUUCUAAGUCAGAUCACUUAAAAUCUCAUCAGAGACUUCAUACUGGAGAAAAACCUUAACCUGAUAAGGAACACUGUGCCGUACACGGUACACCCUCCCUUGCACGUGAGGCUGCAUUACGUCAUUGUAACUUUGAAGCAUUAAACCUUCAAAAUAUACGGUCAUGCGGCACAUCGUUGUAAAGCUUAGACUUUCGGAAUUCCAUUAAGCGCACACACAAAGCAUAAUAUGAUUUUUAGCAGUCAUAAAACUGUAAUCUAUUUGUUAGUUACCUGAACCGGGCGGCGCCGAUUUAGGAUAUUUAUUUACCUUCAAAAUCUUCCCAUUAUCCACUUCGGUGAAAUUGUCCAAAACAAAUUGUUCAUAAAUCCCCAAAAGUCCAAUGAAAUGGAAUAUCCAAGCCUUUUAAUCCAAAGCGAUUUGUUCAUCUCACAAUCUUGACAUUUCUGACCGAAUUACGAUAUAAAUAGUGUAUACAAUUAGUUCAAUAACGGACAUUCGUUCGAAUCUCACUUUCCAGUCACGAUUUAUAAUGAAUAUAUUCAGAUGUCACGUUUAUUGUGCAACGUCUGAGGAACAAAUACGCCCCCUUGUGGAAUUUCUGCCGUUCCAUAAGGGGCUACAGGAACAGUAUGAAAGAAAUUUAUAUCAAUUAAUCAUAAAAUGGCCCUGAUAUGUCACUAGACAUUAAGAAUUAAUUUUCAUUUCAAAUAUUUAUAUCACUGACAACAGUGGCCUGGCAUUGUCAUUUAAAAUGUGGAGUUGCAGUCCUCAACUGAUGUUUAUGUUGUCAUUUUGCGUAUUGGCCACUAGUUGUGUGAUUGCAGUACCAGUUUUAGCCACAAGGUUUGUGAUUGCAAUACCAGUUUUAGCCACAAUCCUACAUACUGUUCCUUUAACACUGUAAUGUUUGUGGGAAGAUUUUUAGUCAACAGUGAAACUAACUUAAAGGUCACGUUUUCCUAAUCCUAAUUUUUAAACCCUAGUAAGAGUGUAAUGUUGCUAUAAUAGCAUAAAUAAUACUUGUAAAAUGAUAAAGCUCACUGCCAGGCGAUAUAUUUUCUUUAACAGAAUUCGCCUUUCAAAGCUUACAGCGAACGGCCGGUUUGGACUACAGACCUCUACUUCCUGUUUUAAUGACUACAGUAGAACAGUUUUUGACUAAACCCCGCCCACAGGAAUAUGUCAGUCGCCAGCUAAGCUAACGGCAAGCUAAUUAGCCCGUUUUGAGGACAGUGAAAACAGCGCUAUACAGAUAAGUAAAUUAUGUGACUCCAUACAGGUGAAAAACCCUUAGUGUGACAAGACGUUUGGUCUGUCAAGUCACUUCCCUUCUGAAAAAAAAAACAAUAAAACCUUUACAGAAAUUCAUAAUGGUUUCCAUUAAAAUACCAAAAGGAACCAUUAGCUUUUACCAUUAAAACCACUACAAAGUUCCUUUUUAUAGUCUGUUUUGGGACAUAUUCCAUUAGGAUUUAAUGGCCCCACCAAUAGAACCCAACACAUACCAGUAGAGACCCAUAGAGACCAUUAUAGUUUCCAAUACAAUCAAUAAAAAUCCCAUUAAAACCACUAAAUCCAAUAGAAUUUCUGUGAUGGUGUCUCUUGGUUUUAGCAGGGUUGAAAGCCCAUCAGAGAGAAACCUUACAUCUGCUCUCACUGUGGAAAAAGGUUCCCUAAUUCAUCUCAAUUAAUAGUUCAACAGAGAGUUCAUACUGGAGAGAAACCUCAUCACUGUAGUCUCUGUGGGAAGAGUUAAUCAACAGACAAACUUUUUAAAGCACCAGUGACUUUAAUACGGUUAAAAAACUUUUAACGUAUAAAGUUUUAAAUAUUGUUAAAAAAAACACGUAAAUAGUAAGAACAAAUAAUCAAAUUAUGAUGAAUAUUACAGAAAAAAACUUUCUCUUUCUAUUUACUCACUCUCAUGUUGUUACAAACCUGUAUAAAUUUCUUUGUUCUGAUGAACACAAAGUAAGAUAUUUUGAGGAAUGUUUCGAAAUCAAAACAUUUGUGAGCUCCAUUCACUUCCAUCGUUUUUUUAAUAGGGCUCACGAUCGGUUUGGUUAGAAACCGAUCCUCAAAAUAUCUUCCUUUGAACUAAUUGAGCGUCUGACCGAACAUCUUAAACUAGCAGCGCCUAGCAGCGUCUUCAGCCCACGCGGUGACCUGACAUGAUGUCAGUGCCUUAAAAUUAGCGUUUUAGGUGCCAAACUGUUAAAAAGUGUAUGUGUGUAUGUGUCCGGGAGCAAACAAACUGUUCAGAACUACAAUAGUGUUAAUAAAAUAUGAAAAACAUGAAUUAACAAAUUUAUCAUUUUUAUGUCACAUUUAUUUCUUUUAAGAACUCAUUAAUUUUAUAUUGUGUGGUAUGUGAUUUUUCUAAUUGGUUUUAAUGUAUUUAUGUCAUGGGACCACAAUGUCAUUAAUUGUUCAUUUAAGAAAGGAACUGUUCAGAUUAUUCAGUAAAUUCUUUGUUCAUUUUUACAAUGAUUAUGUCUCCUGACUUCUGCUAUAGGCCUAUUCUCUCGGCUGGUAAA